AUGGCCGGGCUGCUCAUUGGCCUCGUGGCUGUUGCCGCUCGAACAAUGGCCAACAAAGACGAUGACGGUCGGCAAAACCGCAAUAAUGGAUAUGGCAAUGGAUACAACAACGACCAAUACUACGACAACCAAAGCAAUGGCCGCAGCAACAAUUACACCGGUGGUUAUCCCAGUGGCUACAAUAACGGCAGUGGUGGCAACAACAACUACAAUACCCCCCCUUAUGCCGCUUACCCACCACAAAUGGUGGUUGGCCGUCGGGAAGAGCGUCGGAUGAGUAGGAGAAUGCGCAAGGCAGAGCGCAAAGCAAGGGAUGCCGACAUGGUCUUGUCCUUGAUGAACUCUGGUUCGCGUGCGGGCCCCCGCUCAGCCGUACCUCCGUAUUCGAAUACUAUGCAACCUCAACCCGGCAAUGGUGGCGUGCCUUACAUGCAGCGUGGCGACAGCUCAAGGAGUCAAGCCAUGUAUCCCCCCGCACAGCAAGGGGUCAUGGAGCCGGAAGGAUCUCAAUGGCGGGAUGUCCAGAGUCGUGACCGGCCGACCAGCCGAGGGAAUCUGCACCCAGCAAGCUCGUCGGAAGGUCUACCGACAUACGAGCAGGUAGUUCGAAAAUCCGGCAAGUCUUGA